AUGGCGGUUAGAUUUGUGGUUUACACCGGUGGCAAGUGGGAAUUCGUUGACGGUAGGCGUGAGUACGUAAUGAAAGCUGAUUCUCUUAUACGUGGGUUUGAAAUUAAUUUAGCCAAAAUUUCGUAUGAUACCUUUUUUAAAAAUGUGUGUGACUUUUGUGGUUUUCGAAAUAUCACACGGUUAUCCUACAAGAUGUCUGAUUAUUCUGAACCUAUAGAUAUUAUAGAUGAUUCAGAUCUUUUAUUUUUUUUCAAACUGAGGGAAAAUAAUCCUACAAAACUUUUUAAACUAUACGUGGUGCAAGAAGUUGGUGUGGGUUCUUCUUCUUGUGCUCCUACGUUUGAAUAUAAAUGCCCCGAUUUAAAUGAUUGUGUUUUUUCAAACGAUGAAAUUAAUGCCAGCGAUAAACUAGAAUUUAUUGAUAAUAAAGAUAAAUGUCGAUUUUAUGAAGGCUACACCUUUCGUAACAAGCAGGAAAUGAAAAUCGAACUAGGAAAGAUGUGCUUAUCCGAAUCUUUUUCGUAUAAAGUAGACAGGUCAUCAAAGACUCGUUAUGAAGUAUCAUGUGUUGUCGAAAAUUGUGAGUGGAGUUUCAAAUCCGCUAGUCGGCAAUCUUGUGAUGUUUUCUACGUUAAAUCUUUUAACAACAAACAUACGUGUUCUAAGACGCAGACACAUCCACACAUGCGUCAGGCUAACCCAAUGGUUGUGGGUAGCAUGUUAAAAGAACAAUUUCAAAACUCUGGUCGAAUUUACCGUUGCCCCGAAAUAGUCAAAGAUCUUAGAAUAAAAGAAGGAGUCAAUAUAACUUAUAUGCAAGCGUGGCGAGGAAAAAACAAUGCAUUACAACUUUUGCAUGGAAAUUCAGCAAGUUCUUUUGCUGAACUUCCUAUUUACUGCUACAAUUUGGAGAAGGCUAAUCCAGGAACAGUGACACACAUAUUGACUGAUUCGGAUCGUUUUGAAAUGGUAUUUGUCGCCCUAGGUGCCGCGAUUCGUGCCUUUGUAAGAACCUUAAGACCGGUCAUUAUCAUAGACGCGGCCCAUUUGAAAGGUGAGUUUAAAGGAACGUUGUUUUUGGCUGUGGGCAUGGACGGAAACAAUCAGAUUUUGCCUGUUGGUUACGGGAUUGGUAAAUCCGAAGACGGUAAUUCGUGGACUUGGUUCCUUUCAAAACUUAAAGAUUGUAUUGGCGAUCAUCCAGAGUUGGCAAUCAUUUCUGAUCGAGCACCUUCUAUACAAUUAGCCACUUGCAAAUCUUACCGGCUAUCCGAUUUUGAGGAGUCUUUCAACGCGUUAUGUGUCGCAGUUCCGAGACUAAGGAACACUCUUACGACAAUUGGGUUUGAGAAGUGGUCAAGAGCACAUUGUCCUGUUAAAAGAUACCAUUAUAUGACUUCUAAUAGUGCCGAGUCGAUGAACGCUCUAUCGAAACAUUCCCGAAAAUUGCCGGUGACGCAACUUAUUGAAUUUUUCCAGCAAUCUGUUCAAAAAUGGUUUUAUGAUCGUCGCAACCAGGGAAUCCAUGGUGAACACUUGCUAACAAAGUGGGCUGUAAAUAAGAUCCAAGACAAAAUUGAUAACUCUAGGACUUGGACGGUUACCGGCGUUCGUGUUAACAGUUUUGAAGUUGAAGAUGGUAAAAAAAGAGGGUUCGUUGAUUUAGCUAACGGCACAUGCACUUGUCGGGUAUGGCAAUUAUCGGGUUUGCCAUGUGGUCACGUUAUUGUUGUAUCAAGAUUUUUAGGUGAAACCGACUGUGGUCAUUAUUCCAUGUCAUGUUACAGUAACGAAGUUUAUAAAGCAACGUAUGCAGAAGAGAUAAAUCCUCUCCCGCAUAAAUCUGAGUGGGAAAAAACGGACGGUUUAUUAAAUCUGCAACCACCGAAUAUUACCAAACGUCAAUCCGGUCGGCCAAAGGAAAACAAGCGAAUCCUAUCACGAGGGGAGGAACCCACUCCCAUAUUCUGUGGUCGGUACCGAAGUCACGGCCAUCACCGGGAAAGUUGUAGACACCCCACCUAUUCCCAGAGUACCUCCCGGGGCAUCUCAACGGCACAUGUACGAAGCGUACAAGUCGAACCAGAGGAUUUUCGGGAUUACGUAUCGCAACAUACAAUCCCCACGUACAAUUUAGGAGAGAAUUAA